UGGGUGUGCGGUGUUAUGCUCGGAUUUCUCAAGGAACGAAAAGUAGUUUUGUGUACUCUAGAGUGAUAACUGUCGGCUGUGUAAGAUCAAAUCCCAAAAUGGCUUCAGAGACCGAGUUCCUCCGAGAUCAAGUGAACCGGUUGAAUUCAGCACUUGGUAGUUGUCAGGAUGCUUCUUCCGCUGCCUGGUUUAAGCAGACUGAAUACAUGGGCUCUGAUUCUGCAGGACCCUGGCUGACAGACAAAAGCCUCAUGCCUCCUCUGAUAGCGGAGUAUGACAGACAGAUGAAGCAGAUGGAAGAUCAGCUGAAACUCUAUAAGAGGCAGAUGGUGGAUGUCAAGGCCAGCCUGGAGCAGGUGAUCCGAGAGAACGAGCGCCUGCAUACGGAAAAGCGCAUCUCCGUAGAGAGGGAACUGGAGUCUCUAUCUGUGGGAGUGGAAGGGGAUGUUGCCACGGAUGUGGUUACCAUUAGCAACCUGGAAGAGCAGGUGAAAUGUGCUGUUGAGGAGAAGGAGAAGGCCCUGCAGGUUUGGCAGGUUUCUACACAGGAACUCGACCGAUUGCAGAAACUUUACCAGAGUACUGUGAGAGACAGUCAGCUACACACGGCUGAAUGGCAACACGUACAGAAUCAGCUGGCACAGGCCCAGCAGCUUUCCCAGAAACUCCAGGCAACCAAUCAGAACCUGGAAUCGACGAAUCACCAGUUCCUGAAGACGGUAGCAGAGCAGAAUGGCGAACUGGAGCAGCUCCGCAGCCAACUCAGGCAAGCCAAGCAGGAUCUGCGGGUGGCUACAGUUAAGGUGGACGAGAUGACCAGACUCAUGCAGAGUAUUCAGGACCAGAUGCAGAGGAGGGAAGAAGACGCAGCAGAGGCUCAUGGUAGAGAACAAGCGUCUGAUCACAGACUUCAGCAGUUACAGGCAGUGCUAAAUCAGUCAGAGAACAGGCUGAAGGCAGCGGCUCAGGAGGCGGAGUGUGUGCGACGGGACCGUGCGAGGUGGGAGAGGCAGGUGGGCGACCUGCAGACCCGCUGCGCCGCCCUGGAGGAGGAGAAGUUUGAGGCCUUUAACCACGUACGUGCCUCCCUGCAGCUGGCAGAGGAGGCGUCUCUGCACAGAGACCAGGCCCAGCUGCGGGAGAAGCAGCGGGUGGAGGAGUUGGAGAGGAUGAAGGAAGGGAUGAAGCAGCUGGUGGAGGAGGCAGCCGUCCGCACCAGGAGAGAGGUGGAUGCAGUACGUAAGCAGUGUAACACUCAGAUUGAUCGUCUGGCUGAGGAACUGUCUGCUCUACAGCUGGAAUGUGCAGAUAAAGAAACUCAGAUUGAGAGAGCACACAGAGAGAGAAAAGCCGUUGAAGAAGAACUGGAGAAGCUGUACAGUGAGGGCCGUUAUGGGGAGCCAGAGCUGAGGAAAAUUGAGGCUCUUCAUCAAAGGUGCUUAAACGCAGAGAGACUGAAAGAGGAGAUGGAGCUCAGUCUCAACACCACCCACUCCACAAUGAAGAGACAGGAGAUGGAAUUCAGCGAGGAACUGUCGCGAUGUCAGGAGCAGGUGCGCUGCCUGCAGGUGGCGCUGGCGCGCGCACGGGAGGAGAGCAGCAGCGUCAGUGAAGAGCGACUCCGCCUGCAGCAGGACAACCAGCAGCUCCAGAAGGACAUGGACACACUCCGCAAAGAGUGUGUCCUCGCGCAGAGACAGGCCAAGGAGCAGGUGUCCCGUGUGGAGCAGGACCUGUGUGUGCGGGAGCAGGCUGUGGAGGCCAGGCUGAGGGAGCUGGAGGAGAGCAGUAGGACCUCCAGCGCCGGUCUGAAACGCCUCCUCCUCGCCCAGCAGAAAACCACCGAACGCUACAGAGACGAAGCCAGACAGCUCACACACACCUUCCAGAAUAAGAUCGCCUCACUCAGGUUGGAGCUGAACAAGCAGAAGCAGAGGACUCAGGAACUGGAGCUUCAGGUGGAGGGGGACCGUGAGAAGGUCCUCGAGUGUGAGCAGCAGUUAGCAGAACAUCAGGAGAAGAACAAACGUCUACAGAGACGGCUGGAUCAGGCUGAGCAUAGAGCUUCCACCGCCUCUCAUCAGCUUAGCAUUAUGUCACAAAGGAGGAAGGCUGCUUCACUGCUGGACCUGGAGACAUUUUCAUAACAAUGAAAUUCAUCAGAAUUUAAAAAAUAUAUAUUUUGUGUUGUUUAGAAGUGUGCAUGAAGUGAACCGUAAUAGUGAGCUUAUUGGACUGUAAACCAUUUGAGAACUACAGCUGUGGCAGUUGAUGGAUAUACACAAAGCAUUAUGAGUCAGUCACCUCAGGGGCGCAUGCACACAAAUUAUGGUCUUUUGGAACAUAGUACCACCGGUUCAUAAGAAAUUGUUCGUUGUAUAUAAACUUCUUUUAAAAUGUCUGUCUAAGGACAGAGCUUCACAAUGCAUGUUUCACAAAUGUAUUUAUUAAAAUGACAGAUUUCUGACUGUUUACAAAUCAAAUCAAACUCUUACAGAAGCAGUAUAAUAAAUUAUGCUUAAAACAUAAACACCCUCAGACUUGCUGCUACAAGAACAAGUUGUAUAGCAGGGGGUCUUAAAUGCUUCUGUUUACUUGACUGUGACUAUUAGUGUGUGUCUUACGUGUGCCUUAGCAAACACCAAAGAAUGUUAGCAACUAAAAACAUUACAGUGGUAUUUGAUUGUUUUUUCAAAAAAAGGUUAUAUGUUCUCAUAAGUAAAAAUAUCAUUAUUGAAAAUUGCUGUACUUAUUUUUGUUUAAAUUAAACUAUUGAAAUGUAUUGUUUCCUAACUUCAUUGUUGCCAUAGCAACCAACAGAUCUCAUGUUAUAGCUAUAUUAAAUCAUAUGAUGAUGCUUUUGAUUCACUGAUGGAAGAAGUAAACACUUUAAGAAUAUCCCAAACUGUUUUCUUAAUGAGAAAACAAGAAGGUCAGGGUUUAUGUAGUGAAGUUUGUGUAAGAAAGUCAAGGCUAUACCCAAAUGUAUUUUAACAGUUAAGGUGCAAAAAUGCAAAGUGAUUUUCUUUGUUAAAUUGUAUUGUUAUUGAUGAAUUAAAGCAUACAAAGGUGUUUUCACUCAUAACCAGAAGAAAUAAACACUUUUUGGCCUA